AUGUCAGGUGAUAGUAAAUACAAGUAUCGAAUAGAGAUACAGCAGAUGAUGUUUGUAUCAGGGGAAUCGAAUGAUCCUCCCAUAGAAACGACGUCGUUGAUUGAAGACAUUGUUCGAGGUCAAGUCAUUGAGAUAUUAGUGCAAACCACAAAGACAGCCAAUAGCAGAGGGUCGAAGAGCAUAGCACCAGAGGAUGUCAUAUUCCUCAUUCGCCAUGACAAAGCCAAAGUCAAUCGAUUACGUACCUAUUUGUCUUGGAAGGAUGUUCGAAAGAAUGCCAAAGAUCAAGAAGGUGGAGGUACUGAGUCCUUAUUGGAAGGUGGUGCCGAUGGAGUUACUGGUGGUCCUGGCGACGGAAAACUGCAACAAAGCUCAAAUGAUUCGAAGAUGUUAUCGAGGUACAAAAAGUCCAAAAUCAGACUUCCUUGGGAGUUGCAAUUCAUGUUUAGCGAGCAACAUUUGGAAACAAAUGAUGAUAAUGAACAAGUGGACGAAGAAGAAAAGGCAGCCACAAUAGCCUCAUUAAAGAGAUUGAAGAUGGCGGAUGAUAGGACCAAAAAUAUGACUAGGGAGGAGUAUGUUCAUUGGUCAGAAUGUAGACAGGCCUCCUUCACAUUUCGAAAAGCGAAACGGUUUAGGGAAUGGGCAAACAUGGCACAAUUAUGUGACUCGAGACCAAAUGACGAUGUGAUUGAUAUCUUGGGAUUCUUGACAUUUGAAAUCGUGUGUUCGCUUACAGAAGAGGCUAUGAAUAUAAAGAAUUCGGAGGAUAAGCUAAAUCAAAUUCAAAAGGAGAAAAACAUGGAGCGGGAAAAACAACCGAAAAAGAGAAAGUACUUAUUUGACAGACCGGAUGAAUUGGCCAGUCCUAUAAUGCCAUAUCAUAUAGAAGAGGCAUGGAGAAGAUUACAAAAGACUGACUUUAAACAUAAAGCAGGGAGAUCAUUUGGAGGCGGAAUGGUUAAAACGCGAACUAGACUUAUUUGA